UACUAUCCCUGUGUGUGCGUUGGGCAACAGCAAACUGAAAGUGGAGUCCUCAGCCUGAGAGAGAUAUAUUAACGAUUAAAAUUAAAGUAAGGUGAACAAUGUCUCGCAGAUAUGAUUCCCGGACAACCAUUUUCUCACCUGAAGGACGCUUAUAUCAGGUGGAAUAUGCCAUGGAAGCAAUCGGUCAUGCUGGAACAUGUCUAGGGAUUUUAGCAAACGACGGCGUACUCUUGGCCGCAGAGAGGCGUAACAUCCACAAACUGCUAGAUGAAGUGUUCUUCUCUGAGAAGAUCUACAAGCUUAAUGAAGACAUGGCUUGCAGUGUUGCUGGAAUUACGUCAGAUGCUAAUGUUCUAACAAAUGAGUUGCGCCUAAUUGCACAGAGAUAUUUAUUGCAGUAUCAGGAGCCAAUCCCAUGUGAGCAGUUGGUGACAGCCCUGUGUGACAUCAAGCAAGCCUACACACAGUUUGGAGGUAAACGGCCAUUUGGUGUUUCUCUGCUGUAUAUGGGAUGGGACAAACACUACGGCUUCCAGCUGUAUCAGAGUGAUCCCAGUGGCAACUAUGGGGGCUGGAAGGCCACCUGUAUUGGCAACAACAGUGCUGCUGCCGUGUCCAUGCUGAAGCAGGAUUUUAAAGAGGGUGAGAUGACUCUCUCAUCUGCUCUUGCCUUGGCUGUCAAAGUCCUCAACAAAACUAUGGAUGUCAGCAAGCUUUCUGCAGAGAAAGUGGAGAUUGCUACCCUAACAAGGGAAGAUGGUAAAACAAAGAUCAAAGUGCUGAAACAGAAAGAGGUGGAGGAACUCAUCAAGAGGCACGAGGCAGAGGAGGCCAAGGCUGAGAAGGACAAGAAAGAGAAGGAGCAGAAGGAAAAGGACAAAUGAGCUACGAGUUUGUUUUUUUCCCCACCAAUUUUUACCAACGCUGUUAAGUGUAUUGACUUUUUCAUUAAAAAAAGAAACUGUUGGAUAUGUUUAUGUCUGUAUCUUUACCACAACAAUUAUAUAAAAACGCUAUGA